CUCUCUCCUAUCACACACACUCUCGGGAGCAGCGCUUUGACGCACCACGCAGAGUUGGAUUAUAGUAUUGCGCGCUGGUCUUUCACGGGGUUUUUUUCCUCCCUCACGUUGUCUACACUCUUGCCACUGACCGGCAAUUGAUAUAUGAUCGGAAUCAAUAUUUCUCCACCACGGUGACCUCUGCUGAGCUUUUGGAAAAUCCGAGCGCUGCCGCUGCUGCCUCUCCGGACGCGUGUUGUGAAUUAAUAACCAAGACCAGCCUCACCUGGAGUGUGUGCGUGUGUGUUGUGUGUGUGUGUGUGUGUGUAUGCACUGAAGUGUGUGUGAGAGAGAGUGCGUUUCUCUGGAUCAGAUCAAGGAUCGAGGUGUUGCACUUGCUUGGUUCCGCACGCGCACGUAUACAUACACAGACACCACACACACCGAGAGGAUUUGGGCACCGCAUGCCGGGGACAUGUGGAAGUUUGCGCCGCUGUAGCGCAACCAGAGAGCCGGUCCACCGUCUCGUCGACCUCCCCUCUUCCUGCACUGGGGGACCAAAUUCCUGGUUCACAGCCUUCAAACGCACAACGAAACCCCUCUAAGAAGACCCAAAUGUAAAUUCAGAACGAGAAAUUUCAGAAACGCACGUCUUAAAAGGAGGACGGCAUCCCGUUGCGUGCAGAGUUUGGUGAGCUCUUUCGGGGAUUCCAGGGCUUUUAUUUAUUUUUUUUAACGCCCUUGUAUUUUCUCAGUAUUUUGUGGGUCUCACAUUGGCCCCCCACUUGCCGCAGUGAUGAUGGGAACUCUGAGUCCCGUUGGCCCUGGCCGCUCCCCGGUGACUGCGCUGGGGCUGCUGGUGGCUGUUCUGGUACUGGUCCUGUCCAGCGGAGCGGAGGGACAGCCCUGCCCGACCCAGUGCUCUUGCACCGGGACUACAGUGGACUGUCACGGCCAAGGACUCCGCAGCGUGCCCAGGAACAUACCCCGCAACGCCGAGAGACUGGAUCUGAAUGCAAACAACCUCACUAAAAUCACCAAGGCGGAUUUUGCGGGACUGAGACAUCUGCGAGUGUUGCAGCUAAUGGAGAAUAAAAUCACCACCAUUGAAAGAGGAGCCUUCCAGGACCUGAAGGAGCUUGAGAGAUUGCGCCUGAAUCGGAAUAAUCUGGCUGUCUUCCCCGAGCUGCUUUUCCUGGGAACGACAAAGCUCUACAGACUUGAUCUCAGCGAGAACCAGAUUCAGGGAGUUCCGAGGAAAGCCUUCAGGGGAGCUGUGGAGAUCAAGAACCUCCAGUUGGACUACAACCACAUCAGCUGUAUUGAAGAUGGAGCUUUCCGAGCGUUACGUGACCUGGAAGUGCUCACCCUCAACAACAACAACAUCAGCCGACUGUCUGUGGCCAGUUUCAACCACAUGCCGAAGCUCAGGACCUUUCGUCUGCACUCCAACAACCUGCAGUGUGAUUGCCACGUGGCCUGGCUGUCAGAGUGGCUGCGACAGCGCCCCCGCCUGGGUCUUUACACCCAAUGCAUGGCCCCGCCGCACUUGAGGGGGCACAACGUAGCUGAGGUGCAGAAGAGGGAAUUUGUCUGCACAGGUCACCAGUCGUCGUCAUCUUCCUCCUGCAGUGUGUUACAGUGCCCGGAGUCCUGCACCUGCAGUAACAACAUCGUAGACUGCAGAGGGAAGGGACUAACAGAAAUACCCACCAACCUGCCAGAAACCAUUACUGAGAUACGACUGGAGCAGAACGCCAUCAAGGUGAUCCCAGCUGGAGCCUUUUCUCCAUACAAGAAGCUGCGCAGGAUAGACUUGAGUAACAACCAGAUAUCAGAGCUAGCCUCGGACGCCUUCCAAGGUCUGCGCUCCCUCAACUCUCUGGUGCUAUAUGGGAACAAGAUCACGGAGAUUUCCAAAGGACUGUUUGAGGGGUUGUUUUCUCUGCAGCUAUUGUUGCUGAACGCUAAUAAGAUAGCGUGUCUUCGUGUAGACGCAUUUCAGGACCUUCACAACCUCAAUCUGCUCUCACUAUAUGACAACAAGCUCCAGACCAUCGCCAAGGGGACCUUCUCAUCACUAAGAGCCAUACAGACACUUCACUUAGCCCAAAACCCUUUUAUCUGUGACUGCCAUCUGAAGUGGCUGGCAGACUACCUGCAGGACAAUCCUAUUGAGACGAGCGGCGCCCGCUGCACCAGCCCUCGACGGCUCGCCAACAAACGAAUCGGACAAAUCAAGAGCAAGAAGUUCCGUUGCUCAGCUAGAGAACAGUAUUUCAUCCCAGGUACGGAGGAUUACCGCAGUAAGCUAGGAGGGGACUGCUUCGCCGACUUGGCUUGCCCGGAGAAGUGCCGUUGUGAGGGCACCACAGUCGACUGCUCCAACCAGAAACUCACCAAAAUACCAGAUCACAUCCCCCAGUACACAGCCGAACUGCGUCUGAACAACAAUGAAUUCACUGUGCUGGAGGCGACGGGGAUCUUCAAAAAGUUGCCUCAGCUGAGGAAGAUUAACCUGAGCAAUAACCGCAUCACUGACAUCGAGGAGGGGACCUUUGAAGGAGCCUCAGGGGUCAAUGAGUUGAUUCUGACCUCCAACAGACUGGAGAACAUUCACCACCGCAUGCUGAAGGGACUCAGUGGCCUCCGCACACUCAUGCUAAGGAGUAACCGAAUCAGCUGUGUGAGCAACAGCAGCUUCGUGGGGCUGAGCUCCGUGCGUCUCCUGUCGCUCUACGACAACCAGAUCACCUCCAUGAACCCCGGGGCAUUCGACACGCUGCACUCCCUGUCCACGCUCAACCUUCUGGCCAAUCCCUUCAACUGCAACUGUCACCUGGCGUGGCUCGGUGAUUGGCUGAGAAGGAAACGUAUCGUCACUGGUAACCCUCGCUGCCAGAGUCCUUAUUUCUUGAAGGAGAUCCCCAUCCAGGAUGUAGCUGUCCAGGACUUUGCCUGUGAAGAUGGUAACGACGAGAACAGCUGCUCACCAGUGCUGAGGUGUCCGGCUGAGUGCUCCUGUCUGGACACUGUAGUGCGCUGCAGCAACAAGGGCCUCACCACGCUGCCCAAAGGCCUGCCCAAAGAGACCACCGAGCUGUAUCUGGAUGGUAACCACUUCACUCAGGUUCCUGUGGAGCUCUCCAAUUACAAACACUUAACUCUCAUUGAUUUGAGUAACAACCAGAUCAGCACGUUGUCCAACCACAGCCUCAGUAACAUGUCCGAGCUGCUUACCCUAAUCCUGAGCUACAACCGCCUGCGAUGCAUACCAGUGAGGGCGUUCGACGGGCUCAAAUCUCUCCGUUUGCUGUCUCUCCAUGGUAACGACAUAUCGCUGAUACCAGAGGGAGCCUUCAAAGACCUGUCGUCGCUCUCCCACCUGGCUCUGGGUGCCAACCCUCUGUACUGUGACUGCCACAUGCAGUGGCUGUCAGACUGGGUGAAGAGUGGCUACAAGGAGCCUGGCAUCGCCCGCUGCACCGGGCCCGGAGACAUGACUGACAAACUGCUGCUCACCACGCCUUCCAAGAAGUUCACCUGCACAGGUGCAGUUGAUAUCAAUAUCCAGGCUAAGUGUGAACCCUGCCUGUCCAACCCCUGCAAGAACGACGGUACCUGCUCCAAUGACCCGGUGCACUACUACCGCUGUACCUGCCCCUAUGGAUUCAAGGGGCAGAACUGUGAGGAGCCCAUUCAUGCCUGCAUCAGUAACCCCUGCCAGAACGGUGGCACUUGCCACCUGAAGGAAGGAGAAGGAGGCAACUUUUGGUGUGUUUGUCCGGAGGGCUUUGAAGGCGACGCGUGUGAGAUCAACAUCGAUGACUGUGAAGAUAAUGACUGCGAGAACAACUCCACGUGUGUUGAUGGAAUCAACAACUACACAUGCAUGUGUUCGCCUGAGUACACAGGGGAGCUAUGUGAAGAGAAACUGGAUUUCUGCGCUCCAGAGCUGAACCCAUGUCAGCAUGACUCAAAAUGCAUUUUAACUCCUCAAGGAUACAAGUGUGAGUGCACUCCAGGGUACAUUGGUGAGCACUGCGAGCUGGACUUUGACGACUGUGAAGAAAACAAGUGUCAGAAUGGAGGUCAGUGCAUUGACGCCGUCAAUGGAUACACCUGCGUCUGUCCAGAGGGUUACAGCGGGUUAUUCUGCGAGUUCUCCCCUCCGAUGGUCCUGCCUCGCACCAGCCCCUGUGACAACCACGAGUGCCUCAACGGGGCACAGUGUGUUGUAAUGGGAUCGGACCCCCGCUGCCAGUGUCUCCACGGCUACGAGGGCGAGCGCUGUGAGACGCUUGUCAGUGUCAACUUUGUCAGCCGCGAAUCGUACCUUCAACUUCCCUCCAACCUCCUCUCACAGGAGACCAACAUCAGCCUACAGAUUGCCACAGAUGAGGACAGUGGCGUGUUGUUGUAUAAAGGAGACGAUGAUCACAUUGCCAUGGAGCUGUACAGGGGGCGCCUCAGGGUCAGCUACGAUACGGGAUCUUACCCUCCGUCUGCUAUAUACAGUGUGGAGACAGUGAACGAUGGCAGCUUCCACGCUGUGGAGUUGGUGGCGUCAGACCAGACUUUAUCUCUGUCAAUCGACGGCGGGCCGCCAAAAUCUAUCAACUCCAUCAGCAAGCAGUCCACGCUAAACAUAGAUUCACCACUUUACCUGGGAGGUAUGCCUGAACGCGCCUCAGCCUCGGGGGGUCUCUCAUCCCUGCAGCAUAGCUCAGGAGGACGCAACGGCACAAGUUUCCAUGGCUGCCUCCGUAACCUUUACAUCAACGGCAAGCUCCAGGACCUGGGGGCCGGGCCGGGCUCUGGGACUGCAAAGAGCACCACCAGACAGUGGCUGGGCCACGGGGUGGAGCCAGGCUGCCAGCCCUGCCAGAGAGGCGCCUGCGUCCAGGGUGACUGCCACCCAACAGGGCAUCGUGGGUUCACCUGCACCUGCCACCCGGGCUGGACGGGGGCUCUGUGUGACCAGCAAGUCAGUAACCCCUGCGAUGGCAACAAGUGUAUCCAUGGUACCUGCCUUCCAAUCAACUCCUACUCGUACUCUUGUCGCUGCCAGCCUGGUUUUGCUGGCGUACUCUGUGAUGAGCAGGAUCAGGAUUCAGCCAACCCCUGCAGUCUGUCUCGCUGUAAACACGGAAAAUGUAGAGUGUCAGGCCUGGGCAAGGCAUACUGCGAGUGUAACAGUGGAUAUACAGGAGAGGCGUGCGACAGAGAGGUGGCCUGCCGAGGGGAACGGGUCCGAGAUGUCUACCAAAGACAGCAAGGCUACGCGGCGUGCCAAACCCAGGAGAAGGUCUCCCGUCUAGAGUGUCGGGGCAGCUGCCCGGGGGGAGCAGAUGGACAGGGCUCCUGCUGCACCCCCCUUCGCAGCAAACGUAGGAAAUACACCUUCCAGUGCACUGACGGCUCCUCUUUUGUCCAGGAAGUGGAGAAGGUGGUCAAGUGUGGCUGUACAAAGUGUUCCUCAUAAAAAAGAAAAAAACAAGAAAAAGAGACAACACCCUCGGCAGAGUUCCACCCCUCCAGAUAUGUUUUAUGUUCCUACCCACCUUACUUGAUCCCUUAUCCCUGAUCCAAGGUCCUGAUUCCUCCACAGACCCCCACCAACCCAGUUUUUUUAAAAACCUUUAAACACAUUAAAAAAAAAAAAAAAAAAAGAGAAACAACUAAAAUAGAGUUUCUUUCCUUGUCAGUGCUGGACUGAUGAUUGAUGCUUCCUCGGUGGGGAUGUUUGAAUUGUAUUGUAAAGUACAAAAACAGACUUAUUUUUUAUUAUGAAGUGGAGAAAAAGACAAAAAAAAAAACAAACAAAAAAAACAAACAAAAAAAAACACGAGUUGACUUUUUCCUUACAUCUACUUCUUUAUGUUGGUCAUGAUGACUCCAAUGGUGUGCCACACUGUCUCUUCCCUGGAGGACUGACCGGUCAUUGACGGAUGACCACCUCCUGUAGACUUCCUGCUUCCUGUCUGUGAGUUGUGUCUUCUUUUAGGAGUAACCUUAACUGGUAGUACCACAGACUCACCACUAGGAGGAGCUGCAUUGAGGCACGGGAGACGGAGGGCAGUGAUAACCACCUACAACACAAGAAACCACCACUGUAGUCUGAGGUCUCCCUGAACAGGCCUCCUGAACCCUCUGAGACUGUGUGCAUGAUCCUACACACAGCUUGUGGUAUUUUUUACAGCUACUGAACAACACAAAUACAAACACACACACACACACACACACACAAAUGCUCUCACCUGUAGAAGUUAUACAUAUUACCUGCCAGGUUAAAUACACUAUUCUCCGUUUAUCUACCCCCAGUCAUGAAUGACAAGUAUUUAUUGUAUCAUAAAUACCUGUACUUAUUCAGUAGAUCCCCUAUGUAUCAAUCUGAUUCUUUUAAUAUAUAUUAAUUUAUAUUUGUCCUUAUUUUUGUAUUAAAAAAGACAUAAUCUGUCAAGAUAGCUGAACUAACAAAAUGGUGUCUUUUAUUUUGGUUGAAGAGAAGUUGUUUUUUUUUUUUUUUGUUUUGUUUUUUUUGAUCACUGAAACUAUUGUGCUUGCCAGAGACCUUAGUUACAUUUUAAUCUGCAAAUGUGACGUGAAGACAUUGUAUAUUUUUGUCGCGUUUCCUGAGAGUUUGUACUGUGCCAUUACCAGAAGGUCUUUAUAUUAGAGUAUAAAUGUAUAGAUAAUUUCCCUACCUAUGUAUUUCACACACAGAUCUUGUGAGUAGCAUUGACCCUAGAGGAUGCUUAGAACUGUUUUUACCUUUUUAACAAAUUUAUGCUUAAAGAAUACUGUGACUUUUUCUAAAUGAAACUACUUUGUUAGCCCCUUGGUCUUCGACGUUAACAUGUUGCUGCUAAGUUUUUGUACCGUAGACUUGGAUCCUGAUCUGUAUGUUAUAUAGAACUUCCUGCUCCAACUGUACAGGGGCACCUUGUGUAACAGAUAAAUAUGUCCCCCCAACUCUACACAUGUGCAUUGUGCUUUAUAUUUUCCCUUCUCCUCCAUCCCCAGACUAAUGUCAGUUCCCUGACUGAUGUUUGUUUAUUAAACACAAUAUUUACCUCACACUCCUCAACUUUGCUUUUUUUUGCCUUUUGUCUCACUGAGAGGUCAGAAUUGUUCUCCCUCAGCAUCAGAGACUGAUUAUUAAAGAGUUGAAGCACAGUAAUGUGGACAGCAAUCAAUAUUUUUUAAAGGUGCUGUGCAUAAAGUGAAGAAUACAACAGGGACUUCAUCCCCACAUUUGUCCCAACACCUGUGGGAUGAACUGGAGCCAGGAUUUUUGUCCAACAUCAGCGCAAAUGCUCUAUGGCCUGAAUUCCCACAGAAACACUUGUAGAAAGCCUUCCCAGAAGGGUACAAGCUGUUAUGUAUUUAGAAUGCAACGUCAUUAAAGUUCCUGUUGGGGUGAUAGUCAGGAGUCUCAAUACUUUUGUCUACAUUUUGUAUGUUUUACAACGGUUGGGACAACCGUGUCACAGACCCAGUUGUCCCAAAGCAGUUAAGAAACAGACAAACAGGGUCCACUUUUCAAAUGAAAUGUUGAGUGAAAUGUUCCUUCAUUAAGAUGAACAUGGACACUAGUUUAUCUUGAAUUAAUAUCAACAUGCAUGUCGGAGUACCCAGAGAAAACCCACGCAGGCACAGGGAGAACAUGCAAACUCCAUACAUAAGGGCCCAUAUCAUAUCAGAUGAGUAUUAAUCCAUCCAUCCAUCCAUUUUCUAUACUACUUAUCUGUGCAGGGUUGCAAGGGGGAUGAGUAUUAAUCUUUAUAUGUAAAUUGUCCCCAAGAAACUGACUGUUUUGUCCUGUUUGAGAAACAUUUUGUAAAAAAUUCAGCACCCAACUAUAUUUUUUGUAUGUUAGAAAUUAUUUUGGCAAUCAUUUUUAAAUGAAGCGCUACAUCUGUGACCACUUUUUAGAGAUAUACGUUCAGUUUCAGUCAGAACAAAUCACAAAUCGGUUUGAGGUUGAGAGCCCCAGACAGGCUAACACAAAGCUGGUUUUGCCCUUCCAAUUGUUUUGUUUGCUUGUUUGUUUGUUUUUGUUUUUUAACAGUAAAACAAAUAUGUAGAAAAAUAUGCCAACCUUAUCCUUUAAAGUUUUUAUUAUAUACAUAAAAACAUACUUGUGUAUUUUUGUCCAUAAUUGUAAGAAUUUACUGUUUUCAAGAGAAGUUAGUCAACUUCCACAACUGUAUACAGACCAUCAGGGUAUCUCAGACAUUUAGAAACACAAAGUGAAA